CUAAUCACACACUCGUGUUCGCCUUGAGAGUUGCCUCGGUCGUACUCUGACGCUUGACUUCCAGGACAAAGAAUACAAUCCGCUUAGCUUUCUAGCGACUUUGAUUAUGGCCUCCCCAGUUCUUGCUGGGUUUCGUGCCCUGCCACUGUCAGACGUACAGCUCUCCUUAGCAGUUGUUUUGAAAUGCGGCCAGUCAUUUCGUUGGACAUGUUACCCCUUACCUUCGUCCCCUGGCACAUCUCCUACUCACGAGUACCGUCUGUGCCUGAGGGACCGCGUAGUAUGCUUAAGACAGUCUUCUGACUAUCUUUUCUAUCGCUCUGUUUUUCCGGGCGAGCAUCUCUCUGCAGAACAGGAGGCAGCUCGCGACGAAGAAACAUUGAUUUGGCUCAAGGACUAUUUUCAGCUCGACGUCGACUUGCUGAAGCUUUACGACCAGUGGAGUGACCGAGAUCAGGUCUUUAAUAAACUUAAAUCUCGCUUUUCUGGGAUCCGAGUAUUGAGACAAGAUCCUUGGGAGAACCUAGUAUCUUUUAUCUGCUCUUCAAACAAUAACAUUCCCCGGAUUACCAAGAUGGUGCACGCUCUUUGCAAACAGUACUCUCCUUCCCUGAUUUCCUUGCCACCUCCCGAGCUCAAUGAAAGUGAUUCUCAAGGUUCCGCAGCGUAUCACUCCUUUCCCCCGCCCUCACUCCUUGCAGCUCCUGACGUCAAGUCCACUCUUCGGGGUUUGGGGUUUGGCUACCGUGCUGAUUAUAUUCAGCGCACUGCGAAAAUGCUUGUGGAUACUCACGGUUCCUCGAUAUCCAACUCCGAGUCACGAGAGAAAUGUGAGGAGUGGUUGACGGGAUUGAGAGGCAUGAGCACCGAAGUUGCUCGUGAAGAACUUCUGAAGUUCGUCGGCGUUGGACGCAAGGUAGCAGACUGCGUUCUUCUCAUGAGCUUGGACAAAAAAGAAGUAAUUCCAGUGGACACUCACGUUCACCAGAUUGCUAUCAAGCAUUACGGACUACGUACCGUAGGCGGCUCCAAAGGAAAAAGUGCCAUGACCCCUCGAAUCUACAAUGAAGUGGCCACUAAGCUUGCCGAUAUUUGGGGUGGAUAUGCCGGCUGGGCCCAUACUGUGCUUUUUACCGCGGAUUUGAAAGCCUUCUCUUCGUUCGGCAUUGAACGUGAACCCCCGACGCCUGCCACAUCUAUCAUGAAUGUGGGUGCCUCAGCAUUGACAUCGUCGUCGUCAUCCAAACGAAAACAUAGCGAGACUCAGAACGAGGUUGAGAUGCAGAAAAAAGUCAUGUUGAUGGGCGCUGCUGUGGCUGCUAUAGCCGCUGCCGCUACUGCUGUUGCUGUCGCUGUCGCGCACGAUGUCCCGAGUUCGCUCAAGGAUGACUCGGAUGUGAUAAGUUCGGUUGAAGAAGACGCAAACUCGCACACUAGUAGGCGAGUGAAGAGGAGAUGUUGAUAGAUGUACUUGAGUGUUUAUUCACAUCUGUUUCUUAUAAAGUAUGGUGCGAUGAGCACGCACAUGGUAUGUAUCCGAAAUCGCA